UUGGGGGGGUCUGGGGAUCACCCUGGACCUCGUGCGGGGAGAGCUGGGCCGGGCUCUGGCCCUGGAAGGGAUUUCGGGGGAAGAUGAGGGGCUGGGGGCGUUGGGGGCGCUCGGGGGGAGCCCCAGGCAGACCCGGCACGCGCACCCCGGCCCCGCCCACUCCGGGAAGCUCCGCCCCGAGGGCGGUCCCCAGGCGGCAACGUGACGUCACACAGGCCCCUCCCACACGUGGGGGCCCACGCGCACCUCGCCCCGGUUAUGUAAGGCGGGGGGGCGGGGACGCCCCGCCCAUUGGCUGCGGGCGCGGGGGCGGGGUCAGCGCGCCGGGGGCGGGGCCGGGACCCCCAGAACGCGGCCCCGCCCCCCCCGCUGCUCGCCAAGGGGCGCCGCCCGCCGCGCGAGGGGGCGUGACCAGAGCCCCGCCCCCCGCCCAAUCAGCGCGGGGCGGCGGCACGAGCCAACGGGAGCGAGGGGGCGGGGCCGCCCAGGGCACCGCGGCCAAUGGGAGCGCGGCGGGGCGGAGCCCGGGCCGAGGCACGUGCGGCCGCACACGUGUCCGCGUGGGGCCGCCGCGGACGGGGCGGGACCGGCACCGGCACCGGAGACAUCGGGACACCGGCACCGGCCCAGAGACACCGCGACACCGGAACAGCGGGACCGGCACCGGCACAGAGACACCGAGACACCAGAACAGCGGCACCGGCACCGGGACAGCGGAACAGCGGGGCCGGGACCGGCACCGGCCCAGAGACAGCGGGACACCGAACAGCGAGACCGGCACCGGAGCCAGAGGCACCGGCACCGGGGCAGAGACACCGGAACAGCGGGACCGGCACCGGGGCCAGAGACAUCGGGACAGCGGAACAGCGGGGCCGGCCUGGGGCUGGAGACCGCGGCACGGCGACACGGGCACGGCGACGGCGCUACUUGCUCAGGGACAUUGACAGCGGCACGGGAGACGGGGACAGCGAUACCAGCAACGGUAUCGGGACACUGAUACCGGGAUAGGAACGGUGAUACUGGAGCAGUGCUACCGGCACUGGGUCAGGGACGGGAACAGCGACACCGGCAACGGGGCACGGGCGCUGCGGCGGGCACACCGGCACCAGCGCAGGUGCAGCCGGGAGGAGCCUCGGCCGGGUGACCCUGCUGGAGCUGAACCCAGCGAGAGGCUCCCCUGAGGCGGCCAGCCAGGCCAUGGAGCCCCCUGCCCGCGCCUGCUCCUGCGGCUCCCCUGCCUCUGACAGCG